AUGUCCCUCCCACGCUGCCCUAAAAUUAAACCUCAAGGCGAGCGUAACUCUAAAAACUUUGGUGCAACCACCCGCCGCGAGCCUUUUCCAACGGUCCCCAGCAGGGGGAGCCUUAGUGCAACUUCCCCACGAGAAACUCACGUCUUGGCCAUGGGCCGUUUGGGGACACACACGUCCUCAACCAGUCAUCUCUACCAAGUCACAAGUAAAAAUAGGACCCCAGCGGUGUUCACCAGAACAAAGACAAGUGCUAUCUAUAACAAUAGAAGCCAUUACAGUACUACUACGAUGCAAGGAAUAGUCUACUACGGACCAAACGAUUUACGUUAUGAGCAGAACGUACCAGAGCCAAAGAUCGAGCACCCGGACGAGGUGCUCGUCGAUGUCUCGUACUGUGGUAUUUGCGGGACAGAUUUGAAGGAGGUUGUUGCAGACCCCCCAAACUUUUUCAAGCAAGCUGGCGGCAGCGACCCGCUAACGGGACACAAGCCACCUCUGUGUAUGGGCCAUGAGAUCGCUGGUACGGUGAUCGAGGUUGGUGGCAACGUUACCGAUGUCAAAGUGGGCGACCACGUUGUGAUUGACCCAAGCACGCACUGUGCCGAUAAGGAUCGUUUCUUCGACUCCACGCUUACCGCCGAGGAGGACUGCGAGGAGUGUCAAAAGGGUCUUACAAACAUCUGUAAGAACAUGUCUCUUACCGGGCUGGGUGCCCAGAACGGUGGAUUGGCGGACAAGUUUGUCACUGCUGCUCGUCACGCCGUUGUUGUGCCAAAGAGCAUCCCGCUGGAGAUUGCUGCGCUGGCACAACCGCUAGCGGUCUCUUACCACGCGGUGAGAAUCUCCGGCUUCAAAGAAGGCUCCACUGCGCUCAUCAUUGGUGGUGGAGCCAUUGGACUUUCAACCAUUCUGUGUCUCUUUGGUUUCAAGGCCUCGCACGUUGUGUGUUCCGAGCCUUCAAAGAUUAGAAGGGAGAACGCUGAGAAGUUGGGUGCCAUUGGGUUUGAUCCAACAUCUGUCAAGGGGGAUCCAGUUGCUGAGUUGCGUAAGUUAUCGCCAACGGGACACGGGUUUGACUACACCUUUGACUGUUCUGGACUGGAGGUGACAUUGCAAACCGCCAUUCAUGCAGCUGCAUCCAACGGUACAGUUGUCAACAUUGCCAUCUGGGGUAAGAAUCCAAUCAGAUUCUGGCCAAUGGAUGUCACCAAGCACGAGAAAAAGCUCAUGGGUUCGAUGUGCUACACCAGAGAGGACUUCGAAGGUGUGUUGGACUGCUUUGCACGUGGUGAUAUCGAUGAUGAGAGGGCAAGACGUUUCAUCACCACCGUUGUUUCCUUGAAGAACGGUAUCGAAGGUGGAUUCGAAUACCUCAGGGGCCACAAGGACUCGGAGAUCAAGGUUCUCAUCACGCCUAAUAACCAUGGCGAGUUGGAAUACUCAAAGUCGUUCACCAGAAUCCACGAACAUAUUUGA